AUGUCCAGUGCUGUUAAGCUGUUCAAUGGCCUCAAUUUUGUGAUCGUUCUCAAUGGCCAGACUGCUUCUGAAACAGAUGCUUUGUGUGACCGGUUGAAGGCCAAUGCUGCUAACGAAUGCAUAAUUUACCAAGAUGAUGAUCCUGGACAUAUAGACCCCCGGAAUCACAAAUUGGUCAAACAAGAAAUGUGCCAUCGAUUUAAGCAUGAUGUCCAUGUCAUUAUAUCUGAAACGACGGACUUUUGGUUUUACCGCGCUGCAGCUUUCGAUUUCCUCAUUCCGGUCGUGACGCCUGCUUGGGUGGAGGCUUGCAUUUCAACGAAGCGUAUAACUCGGGCAAGCAGCUUCUCCCCAGAUCCUCAUCAGGUGCUUAAAAACUGUCAAAUAUACAUCUCACGUCACUCCUUCAACCCAACCGAAUACAGUUUUUAUUCUGCCCUCAUUCACAGUUUAGGAGGCAUAUGCAUAGACUAUUUAUCCAGUCGAGCAAGCCAUAUUGUCACAAAUGAUGCUCAGGACCCUGCGAUUGCUGCAGUGGCAAGUAUAAAGAGUUUGGACAUCAAAUAUGUGCAUCCGACCUGGGCGGUUCAAGUAUUCACUACUGGACAUCACGUUGAUGAAACCCCAUACCUUCUGCAUCCACAGGAUCGGCCCGAAGAAGUCAAAGCGAAAGCAAGUAAGCUAUGGAACUAUAUUGAAGCAAGCAAGAUCAAGUCUCCCGCAAAGUUUCUGCGAAGUCACAAAUUUUAUUUAUCGCUGGACUUAAUACUGCCAUCUCAGUGCUACAACUUCUUAAUUGACAUCAUACAAGCCGCGGGCGGUGACAUUAUUCGUCACGUAGAGCCUGCAGAUAUUAAACGAUGCUCUGGCGAUUCCUAUAUUGGCCAAUCUAUUGUAUCGGAUGAGUACCUUCAGGCUAGGGCAGAACGGCUGCAUAUCGGAAAUGUGUCCUGGUUUUUUUACAUGUGGUGCAAGCAAUCCUUUGUAUUUCCUACCGAGAAGCUCUUGCUGUCACCGCUGCGGCGCAGAGUAUUCCAAAAAGAUGAGCUAGUUGUGGGUUACACAACAUAUUUGGGACAGCAACGGCAUUACAUACAAAAACUUGUCGAGGCGUUAGGUGGUGUCAGCACUACUGAGUUUACAAAGAAAAACACACACCUCAUAACUUGUUUCCCCUUCAGCCAAAAAUACGAAGCUGCCUUGAGGUGGAAAGAUACCUGCAAAGUUGUGAACCAUCUCUGGCUCGAGGAUUGUUACAGGCUUCAGUCUAAAAUAUCGUGCGACGAAGAGAAAUAUACCGAAAUACCCAUCUCAGGCGGACUGGCUACAAGACUAGGACAAAUGUCAUUGGACGGCGGGGAGAAACUUGACGAAGAGGAUUUAGCAGAUACGGUCAUUCCUUCUGAUAUCACCAGGGAACAAUCAAAGGCACCUCGAUCUUCCCCAGCCUCCCAAGAUGGUACACUUGACCAACAACAUCCAAGCCCAUCGGCGCUUUCAGAAAAGAUCAUUGAAAGCAACGAGAACCAGAUUGAUCUCGACGAAAUCGAGUCUGGCCAUGACUUUUCUGUGAAGAGCUUAUCUCUAUUGAAGAAAACUGAAGCGUCGGGAUCUGACGGCGAAGACGAUAUAGAAUUUCCCAGGGACAAUGGCGAACCGGACAUUGACUUACUGCAUGAGGUAGACUCAAGGUACAGAAAUGUGGUGGAAGAGCACGGUCCAUAUCCAAAGGAUGCAACUUCUCCAUCAUCGGAACUACCUAAGAACUUCCCGGACACACAUUCACCCCAUGGAAAACCUUCUGCUGAGAGAUCAAGUCCUAUUCCAUUGAGACAAUUGUCCCCAGAAAUGAGCUCUUCUCCUGCACCGAAUGGUCAUUCGCAAUUAAUGUCGAGUGCGAAUUCUCGUCGCGCAAAGGAAAAGGCAGCGCUUAAACUCCAUAUAGACAUGGAGUCGCUGAAUGAAUUUGAACAAAGUCUGAAGAGAAAAAAAAAUAGAUCAUUACUCCCCGAAGAAUUGCAAAAGCUCAAGCAGUUGAAGGGAAUCGAGGACAAGGUUAAAGAACUACUCGAAAACAUUGACUUUCCUGAAAAGUCUAAAGGUCGAAAUAAGCGCCCUUAUGAUGUUGUGGCAGUGUGCACGGGAUGCCACGAAGCAAUCGAUGAUAUGGACCUGGAGCUUCUAAAGGCUCUUGGAAUCACAAUAUUGAAGGCAAUAAGUCCUCGAUGCAAUACUAUCAUUGCCCCUAAAAAAAUGAGGACUGCGAAGUUUUUAACUAGUCUCAGCUUCCACCCUCUAAAGUACGCAUUACUUCCAGAUUUUAUUACGCACGUACUGUCAUUAUUCAGGGAUGACGUCGCCGACAAGAUGCUCCCAAAUGUUGAUGAUUAUAGAAUAAAGGAUUUGGAAUCAAGUGUUAUGGAGAGGACAAGCUUACCUACAAAAGUUUUUCAAAGGGCGGGAAUUAAUACGAUAAAUCUUACAGACGAUGUUCCUGGAGGGCAAGAAGUACUCUCGUCAAUCCUCAAAGCCCAUGGGGUUCAGCACAUUCAGGUUUUGCCAAAAAAGUUCAUGGAGAGUGACAUUAGCGCUAACAAAGGCAAGAAGCAAAGUCCAACCCACAUUUUGAUUGCUCAAAAAGCCACACAGGCAAAAAGGUUUGGCAAAAUCCUCGACAACAAUGCUCAAAAUAAAGUUUUGGUAGUUGAGUGGAAUUGGUGUGUCAAUAGCAUUUUCAAGCUCGAUACUGAUCUUGAAGACUCUCAAUUUGUAGUUUACAAGAAUUAA